AGUUUAGACACCCAAAGUCAUGAGACUCUAGUAGAAUUGAGUUUAGUGUCGACUGUCGGUGUGUGAGAAAGAGAGAGAGAUUGUACGUAACACAUUGCUCCGUAUUGCACAUGGGGUUUACUGCCACGACCUGUACGGCUACACGUUCAAAGAUCAAACUUCCAGACUAAAGGGAAAUAAAAUUAUCAUUUUCAUGUUUUACAAUCACAUUAUUUUAAAAUAACAUUAAAUUAACAGCAAGUGUUAAGUAUUAUUAAAUAAUCUGUUUUAAAAAAUGUAUACGGUGUCGAAAGGACCAAGUAAAAUUGUUGCGAAAACUCGCCGAGGAAUAAGUCAAAACCUUGACAGAUUAGAUACGUUGAGAGAUUUGACGAGAAAAUCGGAUCCUACUGAAAAAGAAUGCGAUGAUGAAACCGACCGUCAUGCGCCAAAGCCCGUUUUCAAUGUUAAUGGAAAAUCUAAAAUUUCUUCACAAAGACAUAGGAUGCAGGAGGUCAUUACUCCUCAACACGAGGAACUCAUUAAAUUUGUAUACGAAUCAUGGAGUCAGGUAGGCAGCUGUACAGGAAACGGAGUUUCUGAAGACUCACAUGAUUCUGAAAGAGGAGAUUUAAUCACGUCUUUGUAUUACAACGAUGGUGAACCAAAUGACGUUCUUCAAGAUUUCAAACCAUUCGACCUGGAGUCAUGGUGGGGAAAAAGAUUGUUCAAUAACAUCACAAAAUCUCUUUAAAAAAACCAUAUUUAUAAAGAGAAAGAGCUAAAGUUUUUUUAAAUGUGCAUAUUAACUUUUAACUAACGUAUAAUUAAAUAAAAAAAAAGUAAUGCUAGUAUAAAAAUAAAUAAAACAAGUCCCGUGCUUGGGACAAAUAUCGCGGUGAAAUGAACAUUGCUCGAUUAUGUACAAUAUCCCGAAUGAUAAUUAAGCCCAAAGUGUUUUUUAGAUGAUAUAUAUCACUGCUGUUAUUAGUAUGGUUAUUAUUAAUGAUGUUAUUUGUUAAUGCAACGAUUUAUUGAAGGGAGAGACAAAGAUUGUUGAUGAUUUUAUGAAAUUAAAUUAGUGUACAUAUGCGUUUAAAAAAA